UUCCUUCUAUAAAUACAUCUUUUAUUUACUCUCUCAAAACAUAAACCAACAAAUAGCAUUGUCUUGAUUCCAAAGCUAAGCGAAGAAUUAUUAUUCUCUCUUCUCUCAUUUUCACACACUCACAUAGUGAUUGCCAUCUAUGCCACAAACUCCAAUCAAGUAGUUGAGAUAAACUACUCUCCUUACAGAAAAACUCCUGAAAUUUCGUCUUUCAGUACUGAAACUCUAAUCAAAUAAUUGAGAUAAGUUACUCUUCUUAUAGAAAAACUCCUGAAGUUACGUCUUUUAGUACUGAGACUUUCUGCUUUAGGCGCUCUUUGAGAAUGAAGAUUGAAGAGGAGAAGAUUAAGAGAUAUGCUUUGUUGUUAGCUGCAAAGGAUUCAGAUUAUGUGAAGAAAGUAUAUGGAGGAUAUUUUAAUGUAUUUUUGGAAGCUUUAGGUGAAGAAGGAGAGAAAUGGGAUUUGUUUAGAGUGGUUGAAGAUGAAUUUCCAGAUAUGGCUGAGCUUCAAAAUUAUGAAGGAUUUGUAAUUAGUGGAAGUCCUUUUGAUGCAUAUGGGAAUGAGCAUUGGAUUCUUAAGCUUUGCAUUCUCUUACAAACUUUGUUUUUUAUGCAAAAGAAAGUUCUUGGCAUUUGCUUUGGCCACCAGGUUCUGUGUAGAGCUUUGGGAGGAAAAGUUGGAAAAGCUUGCAAUGGUUGGGAUAUUGGACUAAGGAAAUUAAGCAUUGUGAAGAACUUCUCUACACAUAGUUUCCUUAGUGAUUUGGAUGAAAUCCCACCUGCACUUUCAAUCAUUGAGUGUCACCAAGAUGAGGUGUGGGAAGUGCCAAAGGGAGCAGAAAUAGUAGCAAUUUCAGAAAAGACUAAUGUGGAGAUGUUCACAAUGGGAGAUCAUAUAUUAGGCAUUCAAGGCCACCCUGAAUAUACCAAAGAUAUACUCUCUAAUCUCAUUGAUCGUCUCCUUUCCAAUGGUUGUAUUGAGAGUGGAUUUGCAGAAGAUGCAAAAUCUAAGCUUUAUAAAGCUGAGCCAGAUAGGAAAUGUUUGGAAAGGAUUUGCAAAAAGUUCCUCAAAAGAGAGUUGGAAUUUAUCAAUAUUCCUGGCAAAAUAUGAUCUUCAGAACUUGACUUUUCUUGCUUCUAUGUUUAUGUAUCGAUUAUUCAUAUAAUAAUCGAAAUAAUCAAGUGUAAUGUAACUAAAGGUUAUUGAUA